CAGUAGCUCCAUGUUUAGCAUGUGAUCCAUCUUCUCAUUUAACUCUCAGCAACAGAGCAGAUGUAGAACUGUGAUUGAAUCUGAAGAACCUUACUUGUGCUUGUGGUCAUUAAUGCAGUCACACAGAUGGAUGAAUGACACCGUGACGCUAAAAAGAGAAAAAACAUUGUAGGAUAAUUAAAGAACAAAUUAUUAAUACAUGCAGUUUAUAAAGUUCCUCUGUAUGAGUCAGAAGAAACAUGCAGAGAUAUAAAAAGAGAAAAGUAUGAGUAGUUCCUGUGAGCUGUGCACACUCACACACACUCACACACUCACACUGGGGAAGAAUAGUUAUGACGCCUACCUUGCUCUACACCCCCCUCCCCACCCCUCCUACUCUCCUGCUCUCCAUCACUAUGGUUACGGUGAUGCAGGUUACCGUGGCAGCCAAGUCAACCCCGCUCUCGAACAAAGGCGCACGUGCAUGUGCUUCACCACACACACAGACACACGCAGGCUGUGACGCCGAAGAGUUGAAUAUAGUUUCUUCAGCUAUUUUUAGAGAGACGGUGAAACGUUUGUGCAUUCACCUCUGCCUCCGUCACUGUCUCCAUCACUUCCUCUUUCACACUCUUUUUUUUAAAUCUGUCCUCAGGAGCAGAUGAUGGAUGGAAAGUUCUCUCUUUCUGAUCUGUUGUCAUUCAACAUCUGUAAAUAAAAUGUGGAGCAAAAUGAUAUAUGACGUCAUAUGUAUGAAUGAAGCAUCAGAAAGCUUCUUAUCUGUUGCUCCCUGCGUGCACGUGGCUCUUAUCAUCUCUUGUUCUUGGUGCUGGCUCUUCAUUGGUGGAUGAAGUUCUCUCUGUGCAUGUGAGGCUAUACUGCCACCCAAAGGUCAAACUGAAAACUGCCAGAAAAGAUUGUAAUCACAUCUCUUUUUGUGUUUUGUUGCAGAUUUCUCAGAAGCUGGACUUCCAGGAUGAAUCACAGAUCAAAAGAAAAGCAAUUAAUUAUUUGGCCUCCAACAUGUUUGAAAUAGUGAAAAUUGGCGAUCACAGUUCCCCAGAGCUCAAGGUUGUCCUGCAGAAUCUGUUGAUAUGCAUGGUGUGCUUCUACUCUCUCUACUACAUCGUGGUCAGUGUGUGCAUUGGACUGCUCAGGGUUCAUGAGAUCAACAGCUUGUUGGCUCCGUUUGACUACACAACACAACCGUCAUGGCAGAACCCCAAAUACCUCGAAUUCACCUGUGAUGAGAACGUGUCUCCAAAGAGCCAGAUGCCAUCAAAGGCGAGCAGUUUUCCACUCAAGUCAGCUGCAAUGACCGUUGGUGUCAUUUCCACAGAAGUGACCUAUGUGUUGGGAGGACUGGUGUUCGCCUGGAUCGUAGAGGAGUGGGUUUGGGAUUACGCCAUAACUGUCACACUGCUGCAUGUCGCCAUGACUGUAGCAGUGAUGUCAGACUUCCCUUCAGCUGAGCACUGGUGGAUAGCUCUGGGUUCAGGCCUGGUGAUGAUGAUAUUUGGAGGACAGCUCAUGGCCUAUAAACUCUUCAGGAGCAACUUUGUCUAUCCCGCUGAACUGCAGAACUUCUAAUGAACACAACGAGGAAAGCUUUUAACUGGCUUACUGGUUAAUCUCAGGUCCGGAUACAUGCAAGUGGCUUCACUUUUCAACGACUGUCACCACAGCAGGUUCAUGUUAACACCAGUUUAACUACAGUUUAACUACAGUUAACACCAGUUUAACUACAGUAACAGACAGUAUGUCUGUCAAUAAUAUACAUAUUCUAUAAAGCAACCACAGUAAACACUUUCUCUGCUAGAUGUGUGUCAGCUCACAGUCUGAUCCCUCCUUGUACAAAUCUGUUUUCUAACACAUAUUCUGUACAGUUUAAAUAUUGUUUUGUAUUGUUUCUUUACAAACUACCGAGUAUAAACUAAAGGUAAUAGAUGAGGUGACACCUGUAGCAAAUGUGACCCAGUUAAACAAAC